UGAUGUGGCAUCAGCUUCGAGGCGGUGGGCGAUUCAGCUUGUGAUUUCCCUUAUCUCUUGCGCUAUUAUGCCUCAAGACUCGGCCGUUUUUUAUUUUUUAUUUUUAUUCUCGUGCCCCCUUGCAAGGCCCGGUUUCCAAGGUGGAUGGACGCAGGGUCCCUUUUUUUUGGACGGCCCGCAAGGAGUUCCACUGAUAGCAGCAAGAUCAGCCAGGGCGGGUAUCAAGCUAGAGAGCCACUCAUGGGACCCCCUGGCUGGGCACAUGGGCUUGGUAUCAGACAGCUUCGAGAUGGCGUUUUCGAUGCCGAAGCUAGUAGCAGCUGCGGGCUUUGAUACGAGCUUGAUAUGGCCUCUUUAUCUGGUUUGACGAUAGAGUGUUGCGGAGGAAGAAGGUUGGCAUUGCACCGGUAGUUGGUUGUUGUGGACUUACAUGGAGGCAGAGUGAGAUGCUGAUGAUGCUGAUGAUGAUGAGGUUAUUGCGGCCUUUUGGAAUUUGUCAUUUGCGGCUGAUGAUGGAUUUGUAUAAGAGGAAGCCUCGGUAGCUAAGCCUUACCAGCAAGAUUAAUCCAUUGAUAGCAUC